AAUGUUUCCUCAGUAUCGGUUUGUACAAAUACAGGUGGUGGUGGCGGUGGCGUCGGAGGAGGAGGAGGUGGAGGAAGUUGUAUGAUUUCUUUUAUUUCCGAUGAUCUUAUACAUGCUUUACAUCGAUUAUUAUUUACAAAUCAAAGUAAAAUUGGUGAUUACCUAGCUAGCAAUCGUGAUUGGAAAGCUGUUGGCAGACAACCAUACGACAAAAUGGUAACGUUAUUGGCACAUCUAGGUCCACCUGGGCAUAAAUCUGUUGAUUGUAUGUGGAAUUACUUGGAUAUACCAUCGACGAGAUUAGAAGACUGGGUACUACGGGGUUACCAGUUUCGUGACAGUGAAGAAUUUAAACAUUUGAAAAAUGUAAAUGCAUUUUACCAAGCUGGUAUUAGUCGAUUAGGCAAUCCAGUUUUUUACUACAUCGCUAGGCGAUAUAAAUCACGAGAGUAUCAACGCGUGGAAUAUCCAUUUAUUAUAUGUUUAGUCUCAAUGACAUUGGAUGCUUAUCGUAAUAAACCUUUUGAAGUUGUCAUUGAUUUCACUCAUACAUCAGUUGAAAAUCGAUUUAAGAAUGACCUUUUAAACAAAUGGGCUAAUAUAAUUGGGCCAGUUCUACGUGAAUAUCUUGUUGCUGCAUAUAUUUACAAUUGCAAUUCAUGGGUUCGUGAAUAUACCAAAAUACACGAUCGAUUUUUCUCACCAAUCAAGGGUUCCAGGAAACUUGUUUUCAUUGAUCACCCAUCGCGUUUAAAUGAAUAUAUUGAACCGGACCAACAAAGACUUCCUGCUGGAACAUUAGUUUUAGAAGAAGAUCUACGUGUUUUCAAUGGAGCUUUGAAAUUAUCGCAUAAAGACACGAAAGUAGCUAUCAAAGUGUGUACGAAUGCUAUUCAAGUUACUUCAACUGAAAAAACGAAAGUUCUUGGUCAUUCAGUCAUUUUGAAUGACGUUUAUUAUGCUUCAGAGAUCGAAGAAGUUUGUUUAGUUGAUAAUAAUCAAUUCACACUAACUAUUUUAAAUGAUAAUGGUCCAUUAUCUUUUAUACAUGAUGCAUGUGACUCCAUUGUUCAAGCUAUUAUACACAUACGUACAAGAUGGGCAUUAUCUCAACCGGAUACACCAGCAAUUCAUGCCAAGAUUAAGCCACGUGAUGUUCCUGGAACUUUGCUAAAUAUAGCAUUACUUAAUUUAGGCAGCUCCGAUCCAAAUCUGCGAUCAGCUGCCUACAACUUACUUUGUGCUUUAACACAAACAUUUAAUUUGAAAAUUGAAGGACAACUAUUAGAGACUAAAGGACUAUGUAUUCCUGGAAAUAAUACACUAUUUAUUACAGAGAUAAGUAAUCGUCUAGCACAAUUAGAACCACAUUUAACAUUAGAAUUUCUUGAAGAAUGUAUACAAGGAUUUAGUCGUUCAAGUAUCGAAAUGAAACACUUGUGUUUAGAAUAUAUUACACCUUGGUUACCUAAUUUAACACGUUUCUGUCGUUCGGAUGAUGCUAAACGACAAAAAGUAAAUGUUAUAAUUGACAAGUUGAUUACUUUAACAAUUGAAGAAGAACAAAUGUAUCCGUCUAUUCAAAUAAAAAUUUGGGGAAAAUUAGGUCAAGUUCCACAACUUUUGGGACUUGUUCUAGACAAUUUUAUACAACGUUCCGUUAGUUGUGGAUUAGGUAGUUUACAAGCAGAGAUAAUGGCUGAUACAUCAGUUGCACUGGCAGCUGUAAACAAACAACUUGUAUCGAAGAAAGUAUUAUCUAAACUAUGUCGUUUUAUUGAAAAGACGUGUUCUGCCCCAACAACCCUAUUGGAACAACAUCCAUUGUGGCCAGAAACUGCGCCAUUGCUACGAUAUUUAUUAAUGUUAUCAUUCAAUAAUUGUUUAGAUAUAUGUACACAUUUGCCUCGGUUAUUUCACAUUGCUACUUUAUUGGUGUGUACUGGUCCGCUAUCUCUGAGAGCGUCUGUACAUGGAUUUGUGAUCAAUGUUAUUCAUUCAUUGUGUACUUCAUCUUUAGCUAAACAAAUUUCUGAAAAAACAGUUCAUCAGCUUCGUCAACUUCUUGCAGAAUUUACUCUGCCAAAAUUUUAUGAAGUGUUUGGCAUACAACAUGUUAAAUGUGCACCUAUUAGCGCAUUUCCACAUUUUCGUCCAGGUGAACGAUCUGGUUUAAUAAUUGGAUCAACUGGACCUAAUAAUUCAUCUCAUACAGGCUCUGUGGCGUUAAAUAUUCCACCGCUUACCGGACAUAUUGGAGUUAUGUCAAAUCUACAUCAUAGUCAAGGGAGUAGUAGCAGUAUUAGUAGUAAUUGUAGCGGUGGUACAUGUACAUCAAUCUCAGUUGAUGGUGUAGAUUUAAUCAGUGCUAAAAAAGAUACAAGUUUACAAAGUUCUGAAUUGAAAAAACCAGAAUUCACUCGAAAUGCUCAUCCAGUUUUAGUAAUGAUUAGUGAUAAUUGUGAAGAGACAAACCUUUAUCAGAGAAUAAUACCAACAUCUAUUGAAACAUCUCAACGUGCUAGACAAAUUAAUGAUUCCUUAGACAAUUAUGAACGAAAUACAUAUAAUCAUCCUCACCAAAAACAACAUUCGUUUUCAACUGACAUGUUCAAUUUAAAUCCAGGAAAUAAAACUAAUUCCAGUUUCUCUGAUAAUUAUUCAUUAAGAUUAAAUCAAACAGGUCAAUUUCUUGUAUCGCAUUUAUUUAAUCCUUGUACAAGCGUACCAUCAUCAUCAUAUUUACCAAAUCACGCGAUAUCACAAUUAUCUAUAUCUUUAGAUAGUUUAGAUAAUAAACCCGAACGUUUAUCUUUGAGUUCAUUGGAAUUUCUUACUGAUACAUUAUUAGAAAUUAUGAGUUUAGUUAUUAAAGAAGUGCCGAAAUUUACUCAUUGGCUUGAUCAGUGGACACAAUUAGCACGAAAAUUCGCUUUUCAACAUAAUCCAGCCUUACAACCUCGUGCUAUCAUUGUGCUUGGAUGUAUUUGUAAACGUUUUACUGAUACGGACAUUAAACAAUUAUUACGUAUAAUGUCUAGAGCAUUAGCGUCAUAUGCAAAUGAAUUAAACAUGGAAAAAGAUCUACGACAUAAAACUGUAAAUACUGGGCAAGCAGAACUCUACCUCAUUGAAGCAAUAAUUAUUUGCUUAACAAGGCUGUUACCUCUACUACCAUCAGAUUCGGAAACACAUCAACCACUAUUUUGGAUUGCAUUAGGUAUUCUACAAUUAGAUGAAGUUUCUUUGUAUGCGGCUGGAUUAGCUUUACUUGAACAAAACUUAUUAACAUUAGAUCAGAAUGGAACAUUUGAACGUGAUUCAUUAAGUAGUAUUAUGAUGCGAUGUAGAGAACAAUUUAUUCUACAAUAUAAACAAAUGGAUCAUGCUGUUGGUCUUAGUUUUCGUGAUAGCUUUCAUUUCGCAUUAGUCGGUCAUCUAUUGAAAGGGUUUCGUCAUCCUGAUGUAAAAACUGUUGCUAGAACUAUACGUGUAUUGAAUCUACUAUUGAGUAUUACUGCAAAACCAAUUAAUCGUGAUAAAUAUCAAGUUAGUCACGAAAGUAUAGCUUAUCUAACAGCCCUGCUACCAGUAUCAGAAGAAGUACGUAAGCGAUGUCGAUUGAAAUUUCGUAUACCUGGUACACUUGUUGGUACAAAUGAACAAGAAUUAAAUAAAAAUUGUAAUAAUAAUAAUAACAAUAAUACCACAAUGAUAACAAAGAAUGCUUCCUCUUUCACAAAUGCAACAAUAUACUCAACUAAUCAUAAUGAUUGGGGUGGAUCUAAUGAAAGUUUACUUGAUACGUUAUCAUCACCUCAACAGUCGAAUUCACGCGGUCAUAAUUCAGUUAGUCUCAUUAAAUCAUUAUUGCCAAAUAAUUCUAAUCAGAAAAUUAAUCGCCCACGAUUUGAGUCAAAUUAUACAAGUAAUUUAUUGUCAUCAGACACUACAACUCAACAACUGAUUCGUUUAUCCAAUGAUCGUCAGAUAACAACUAAUACGAUAUCAGAGAUGAAUCAAGUCCAACAAUCAUGUCAGCAGUUUCAUAAACGUCAUGCAAUUUUAAGUGCAACAGACAGUUUGCGUUCACGUUCUAUUGAUGAAUGCAUGCCAAGUGGUAGUAUUAAUUCAAACACUGAACAACAAUCAGGUAAUGUUUUGAGUCAAAUCAGAGAUGAAACAGUCGAUAGUCAGAUUAUGAAUGGAAGUGAAUUUGAUGAUGUUAGUGAGGAUAGAAAUCAAAUUAAUCAACGGGAGCAGUUAUUACCUAACCCCAUUCAAACUGAACAAAAGACAUCGACUGGAGUUCUGCUUGAUCCAAGUAUCCUUACAGACGAAGCAACUCAAGCUUUAACUAUUGCUGUACUGACUACUUUGGUACGUUAUACCACUGAUGAGAAUGAGUCAAGAGUACUAUAUGAAUUUUUAGCAGACGCUUCUAUGGUUUUUCCUCGCGUAUUUCCUGUCAUACAUAGUUUGUUGGAUUCAAAAAUUAAUUAUGUUCUAACACAUUGUCAUGAUCAAAAAAUUUUAAGUGCUGUUCAAAGUAUUAUACAGAAUAUGAUUGGUAAUGGUGAAACGUCUGUACAACAAUUACACUAUUUACAAAGUAUCGGUUUUGGUGGUCUAUGGAGAUUUUCCGGGCACUUUUCUAAAGCAAAUCAGAACGCUGAUACUGCUCAGUUAUUUGUGAACUUUCUUGAAGUCCUAAUUGAUUCACAUUUACCAGGAGAAGAUUUAAGGACUUCGUAUACACCAGUUUUAGGCUUAGGAAAUACAGGUCGAGCUAGUAAUCUCUCAAGUGAUUCCUCCUUAAGUUUAUCUAGUGUGCAUGGCCCUAUAAAUGAAGUAUCAACUGUUUCUGUCACUUCUUCCAUUACAUCUGCUGUAACUACUGCAACUACUAAUGUAGACCCAUCCGUAAACAGUGAAGAUAGAGAUGGACCUAGUUCAAUAUCACCGAUUACUUUGGUCAAUGUUCCAUGUGUUCUAUCAAAUAAUGAUUCUGAAGAACUAAAAACAAAUUUCUCUACUAAUGGCUCAACAUCAAAAGAUCAACAAGAUUUAGAUUCUAAUUAUUUCUCUCCUAGAGGAAGAUCUGGGUCAAAUGUCAGUGGUUUUGAGCACAUAAUAAAGUAAACCUUCUGGAUAGAUAAUAAACAGAUUUCCUCAAUUAAUUGUAAUAUAAUACUUACUUUGUAGACACAGCAUAUUCAUUUAAUUGACUUUAAUUACUCAUUCACUUAUAAUUACUGAUAUUAAAUAAAAGACAAAUGAACACGAAUCAUUUUUUUUCAUGAUGCUAAAUAUUGAUUAAAAGCAAAAGAAAGUUUGUUUACAAAAGAAAAAAGUACUCAUUCCUUUUUUCUUUUCCUUCAUACUCUCUCUUUAUCUCUUUACUUUCUCUACUCGUGAAUAAGUAAUUGAUCAUUUUAUCUACUAUAUGUAUAAUUGAAUAGAUUUCAACAUAGAACUAUAUGAAUUUCUGACCAAAUUACUUUUAUUUGUUCAUCAGAGUUUAUCUAGUAAGAUUGAAAAUUUUAUUUAUGGAUUAUUUUUUUCUGAUUGAUUAUUUUCAAAGAAAAAAAAUUCCCAACCAUGUAUUAUUUAUUUUAAUACAUCCGAGUGAAUUUUAAAUUCAUUUGUUUGAAUCUAUGACAAUUUGUGUAAUAAUUACCAAAAAUUACAUUUUUAAACCUUAUUAUCAUCAACUUUUUUUUUGAGGAUAAGUUCCAUUUGCAUUAAAGUCAAUUUAUGCAUUUAACCAAUUUAUGUGUAUAAUGUGUUAAAGUAUACAAAAAUUUCAAUGUUUACAUUUCUAUACACUUUUCCAUUAAAAAGAAUUGACUUACAUUUCGAUUUUAUUUUUCUUAAUUAAAAAAUAUAUGAUAAAUAUAUAAUCAUUAAAAAAAAUUUUUCAAUCGCUCUAUUCCUGACAACAGUAAAAAACUUUUUUUGUGUGUAAUAGAACAUUUUUUUAAAAAACUAAAUUAAUCUACAUUACCAUUGUGCUUUCGUUUGUUGUCAUCAUUUGUCUUUUUAUUUUCAGACCUUUUCACUCAUCAAUCAAAUUAUAGUGUAUUUGUUUUCUAACUUAUGUUGUUUUCUUUUCUCAGCUCCAAAUUUAUUUGCUUCUUUUCAUUGGUCAAAUAAAAAAUAAUUAACAAAUUAUCUGUUUUUAUUUUCUGUCAAUAUGUGAUGACAAUUAUAAUGACCAUUAUUAUUAUUAUUACCAUUAUUAUUAUUGAACUAUAUACGCACCCACCCAAACAUGAGUAAGAGCAAGGUUCCAAUUACUUAUUUUUAAUCUCUUUUCCAGAUUUGCUUAUUGUUUAAUUUCAUAUAACUGAAAAAUUCUGCAUUUCUAUAUUGAUAUCUUUAUGAGUGUUUGUUUAUAUUUAUAAUUGUCUAUUUGAAUUUCAGAAAGUAAUAAUCAAAGAAAGACAAAGUCAAUGAUUUCAUUCAACAUUUUUCAAUGUUUUCGUAUUAUGAAUUACUAUAAGUUGUUCUAUUUCAUUCUGCUUUUCAUUGUCUUUAACUUUUGAUGUUAUUUUCUAGUGUAUGUGCCCUGUUUCACUCCUAUUAUAUUACGGGAUAUCUGUGUGAACCCAUGAUGAGAAUUAUGGUGAUAAUCAAAUAACUUUCCAUAAAAUCAAAAUAAAGCAUUCAAUUAAUGA